AUGCAGUUGACGGAAGAGGAGUGGCAUAAGAUGGUCACUGCUGAUGGCCAACCGGUGCACUUCGGUCGACCAGGCUGUCUGAGAGCUCUAGAUGGGAGCAUACCGCCAGGCUUCGACGAAGGCCAGGUAUUUGCUCCAUCCAUGGAUCGUCAAAGCCCGCUCUGGGUUGCCAUCUCAGACGGCCUGAAGCUGUUUGGAUUCAAGGAGAGUGAAGUCAUCAAUAUCGUUCGAAUACCUAUUGUCGUGCAGGCGGUCGAGGAAGGGGUCCAGAAGCUGCCCCCGGUAGACUCUUCCGCCAUCAGGCGACCUCAUGCAUUAGUUGCCGUAGCUGGCGAUGCAGCGAUGACAGUACACUUUUGGCCCGGCCGUGGACUGAACAGUGGUAUCAAGGCCGGAAUAGCUCUGGGUGACGAACUGGUACAUGCUCUGGACAACAGCCGCUUCGUUGGUAUGAGACUGGACGCCAUGCAAGAAUACAACGAUUUCAUCAUCAAAUUGCAAGGCCGCGAGCACGAUAAGCGGAGCAUUCCGAUCCUCAAUCAGUCUGGCACGCCAGAGAUGCUAGGUUGGCUUCUGGACAAGGCCAACAGCGUGCCGGAUAAAGUUGCCAUCGAAUGGCUGAUUGGUGCCAUGACGCAGAUCGCUGAUCGUCUGGAAGAGAGAGACGACUGGGCGUUCGAACCAGUUGUCAAUGUGGAGCCGCAGCUGCGGAUCAUCCUUCGCCAGCUCAAUGCCAUGACAUUAAAGGAAAUGGCCGUCAGCUUUCCUUGGCCAACAAGGGAGAUGGCCGGCGCAGAGGUCCUGCCAGUUCGUCGGGUGAUGAAGCCCGAGCAGAAUCAGCGACGGCUUCGGAACUUAUGGUCUAUGCUACGAGAGAGUACCGAGCCGYGAAGACGCUCAGCUUCCAGUGUUUCCAACUCGCGAUUUGAAGCUCCGCGAUCAAAAUCACCUGGCGUACCUCCAGAGAAACAAGCUCGUUCGAAGUCUCCUGGGCUAAUGGCAGACGCUGGGCUUCGGCGUAGCAACGCCUACUCAGGGCGACAGAGCAGAAGUGAAAGCUUGUCUGUGCCUUCGAGGAAUGAUUCGCCCAUACGGUCUCGAUCAUCCUCGCCUGGCAACGAGUACUGCUUGGGGAGAAUGAUGACGCUCAGGCAGAAGCCUCCGAAGGCGGUGUUGGACGAUGCGCUUUCAGUAGGAUUGUACCAGGUGCGAAGUUCGACUUGA